AUGUUCAAAAGCCCAGGUAGUCUUUAUGCAGCCCUUGCUGCCACCGGUGCCGCGGGAUAUUAUCUCUUUCGAUCGAAGGGCGACCCUAACGCUGCGCGUCGCCAGAUAAAAGAUGACGCCGACCGCGCCAUGAAGUCCAUCAAUGAAACUGAACAAAGGGGAGAGAAAACUGAUGCUUACAUCCAACAGGCAAUCAGAGAUGCCCAAGCCACUGCCAAAGCUUCGGAUGAGUAUCUACAACAAGCGAUAAAAGACCUCCGAGCUAAAGCUGCCGCCACCGAUCAACAGCUAAGUGAUACUGCCAAAGAAAGCGUCAAUAAACUGGAGAAGUACUUGGAAGGUCUGCGGAAUGAUAUCAACAGCAGCGUCGAGGAGUUUGACAAAUCAAUGGAGCUUAAGGCAGCGGAAGCUAAACGGGCUUUGUCUGAGUGGGUGGGGGAAGGAGUGAAUAAUGAUGGAAAGAAGAGCGACAAAAAGAAAUAA